AUGACUGCUCUAAUAGGAGCACACGAAGAACAAAUUCGAGGAUGUAAUAUACUACUAUUCAUAUUUUUGUAUAGUUCUCCUCCUGAAGAAAGCUUAAACUCUUCAUUUUUCGUAUUGUUAUUUAAAAUAGAAACGAUAUGGCAUGAGCGGUGGGGUGGGCGCGACAUGCGGCGCGUGCCGCUCGCGCAACACGCCGCUGUCGUUAUCGCGUUCUUGCUCCUGUUGCGUCUCGUCAACGCCGCGGACGACCUAGACACUUAUACCUUAAUUGUGAAAAUUAUGUUAAGAAAUUUAGAAGAAGAAUAG